UCGUUGAGCGUCACACGCGCCCUCGCCUAUCGGACGAAACGGCCACGGCACAAAAGCGCCCGUUUACAUGCGCAUAACCACCACAUAAGAUGCUGACAGUAAACCACGCAUUCCGGGCUGACUUAAGUAGUCGAUAAUCGAGCUGUCAGUUAUCAUAAAAUCUCCGUACCUUAUGUAGUAGCUACCUACCCCUGAGUUGUACCGAGGAAUUGUUGAGUUGUUUAUGCAAGUCUCCGACGUCGUACAGAAGCUACUACGGCGCAGCACAUCGCAUUGGAGAAUCAAUCGCCAUGCCUUAGGUACAUUCUCAAAUAGGACGUGGAUUUUACACUCACGAAAUCUUCUGUCAACUACGAUUACUUGAGGAAGCGAGAUCACACCAAGUAGGAACCUUCUAGCCACAAGGACACAACUAUAGGACAUAAUGGUAACCACCACAGUAAUGCCAAUGCCAUGUGCCAACUGGAAGGAUGGGGGUAGCGUCUGCUUUCGUGAGGGCACGCUUGUUUGUAAGGGCUGUAAGUUAGUCUUGUACUGCAGUCGUCAUUGUCAAAUAAAGCACUGGAGAGAGCACAAGAAAGAGUGCAAAUCUCCACUUGGAAAAACCACUUGGCUCCCGGCUUGGGAUCGAGAACGACGAGCACCAGCCUGGUCUCACGGGGAGGCCGCUACUAACUUACAUAACCCCUUUGGACCAAAUAAACACUUCUGGGGCAACACGCCGGCGAUGGACGUGCUCCAGUUACUGCGGAAUGAGGGGCCAGCCUACGAUAAGGAUAUCACGGUCCUGUUCGCGGCAUCCGGAGACGUGAGGAACGCUGUACAAACGAUUCGGAACCUGCCCCCUGAUUUUGAGCACCAGGUCAAGAUGACGAUUAACGACAAGGAUUUUGAUAUCACGGCAAAGAACGCUGUGAUUUUGCUUCUGGCAUUGAGCUCAUUAGAGGAGGGAUAUAAUCAGACCGACUUUGAGAUAUUGGCAGAAACGCUUAUUCACGUUUGGUACUCGGCCACCAUCACAAAAGACACAUUAUCCGAGCUGCAGUCGAGAGUCAAGCCACUUAUCAGCGACGUGUGUGAGCGAGCCGUCGACAAACAACCAAAUAUCUUAAUAAGAAAAACAUGGACCUUCAAGUCGGGCAGUAGUCUCCUCCUGGUUUUAAAGAAGGAAGAUUGGGCUCGAGUAAUGGAGUUUUUCGACAUACCCGAAGACCUAACCCUAGAGAAAUCCCGCCAGCUACGUCACGCUAUUACUCUCGCACCCGAGCGGGAAGACUAUCGAGAUCGGUGGUACUUUAAAGACGCAUCGCCCUCUAUGCGUGUAGCUAAACAGCGAUAUCGAGAGGACGGCUUACUCCUGCCUUUUGGCCACCCACGCAUCGGGUUUGACUAUCCUAACCCGACCUUAUUCCAGACAGUGUUCCAAACAAUUUCCUCCUGGCCUCUGGACGAUAAAGCAGAUCCCCUCGGUGGCUGGCCUCUCGACGAGGUCAGAGCAACGUCAAGCCGUAUUCCCCAAGACAUAUAUGGAAAGCUAUUCUCCUAUCUCCGCGGCGUCUUCAGCGCCUUUCUCCGCCGUAUUGCGACGAGAAAAAUACACUUUGAGCUCUUUAACCUCGACGCGAAAGAGCUGAUCCAACACUUGGUGGUGGAGGAGGGAGUAUACGACCGAAUCGAGGCUUCAAACAUCUCAGAUACAUGCUGGCUAGGCACCCGCGAGACUUUGCGCUGCCUAUCGCCCCUUCUCAAGACGCCAGCGGACAACCCCCACGCUACGCUUAUAACCGUGUAUCUCAACGCGGUGAUGGAAACCGCUAAGAGCAGCGACGCGGAGGGUGAGGAACUCGAUGUCGCGCGCACCCUGGAAUAUAUGACCAAUAUCCAGGACAUCAACAUUAUAAGAAACCCGCAGGGUGCCGAGAUGUACCGGGUCUGGGACGCGCGGGGCUUCACAUAUGAUGUGGAUAAGCUCUUUAGCAAGUACAUGGCUGUGCAACAUUUCGAAGACAUCGAGAGAGACUUGCACGUCACGAUGAAGGAGCAGAAUACGAUUGGCGACGCGUGGCCUACGGCUUUGAAGCUACGCCCGGGACAGGAGGGGGCCCAGGAGGAAUUCGACGAUGCUCUUGCGUCGUCUUAUACCGGUGUUGAGCGCUAUGUUGAGUGGAAGAGGGCGGUGUAGCGUAAGAAAGACGGCCACCUGAGGACUAGAAUUAUAGCAGGAGAAAUACAUAGCUACCUACACUUAUCACUCAGAUGGCUAUAGAAACUGAACAUAAGAUACUGAAAAUAAAAUCAUAUACGUGAUAAUAUGAGAUAAUUAGC